AUGCUAAGCCGUAAUAAAAACCGUAUAGAAAGUUUGACGGUGUAUAAUGAAGUAGCCUAUCAAUCUUUAUCCACGGAAAUUUGUAGAAUAUGUUUGAAGGAGGGUGAAAUUCCUAUUUUCGGUCAAGAUGAUAAAUCUGAAGAUGUGGUGGAGUUCGGAGGUAUAGAAAUCGCUGCCGAUGAUAAUCUACCACAGCACCUAUGCUAUUCUUGCAAUUCACUUUUGGAAUCAGCAAUAGUAUUUAGAACAACUGCCAAGAAAUCUGACGAAAUACUCAAAAACACUGAGUAUCUAGAUUUAUCAAUAUUAUCUGAAGAUCAGAAUUAUGUUUCUGACAAUAUUAGUGAAACUGAUAAUGAACCCUUUAUUAAAAGAGAAUAUUUGGAAAACAAUUAUAGCUCAGAAUCAGAGAGUGAACUAACUCUGAAGUAUGAAGUUGAGUCAGACAAUGAACAGUUAAUGAACAUUAAAUCAGAACCCAGUAUUGAAAUUGGAACAGAUAUUGAAAUAUCUGUUCCAAAAAAAGAAAUUGAAAUGCAGUUAUUGAAUUUAAAGGAUGAAGAUGAGAAUAUUGAUGUAGAUAAUGAGUUGGUGAUGAUUAUUGUAUCAGACAAAGAAAAACCUAAUAAAAGUUCAUUUAGUUGUUUGAAAUGUAACAUUACAUUUAAAAAUCACGCUGAGCUCGAACAACAUGAAUCAAUAAAUCACCCUGAAACCCCUAUGUGGUGUAAGAAAUGUGACAUUUGUCAUGAGUCUGUCCAUAAAAAUAAAUUCAAACUACAUAUAAAACAACAUAGGCAGAUGUAUAAAGAGAAACAUAAUAAAAAAUAUGGUAAAGUGGAAUGUGAGGUUUGCAGUAAAAAGGUUAACAAAACAUAUUAUAAAUACCACAUAAAAAUGCAUGGCACAGCGGAAGAACAAGCUGAUAGAUUUGUUGAGUGCACAAUCUGCAACAAAACCUUUACUGCACUUUACUACAGUGAACACUUGAAACGAGUCCAUAACAAAACAUUCAGACCCAAACAAACAUCACAAACGCCUGAUGAGAAUGAAUCAAAAAUCCAAGUUAUAAUGCAGUGUCCUAUUUGUGAUAGAAACGUAAAUGAAAAUAUUUAUAAAGAGCAUUUGGCUAAGCACGGAGGCCCUACAAGACGGUACAUUUGUGAUAAAUGUGGAAGAGCAUUUAAACAUCCAUCAGCAUUCAAAACCCAUACAUUAACACAUGGUAGUGAACUAAAAUACCAAUGCCAGUUUUGUCCAUAUCGUGGCUUACAUUUAGGGCUUCUAAAGGUUCAUGUGAGAACCCACACUGGCGAUUACAACUACAAAUGUUCCGAAUGCCCCGCACGGUUCAUCACAAAGAGUAAUUUAAGUAAACAUUUAAUAAGACAUAGAGGGCUUUGCAAAUUCAAGUGUGGUACAUGCAAUAAAGGGUUUUAUAGUAAACGGGAUGUUGAUAAACACAUUAGAACUGUUCAUUUGGAUUUAAAGAAUAAUGUUUGUGAUAAAUGUGGCAAAGGUUUUGGACACAGGGACAAUUUGCUGGGUCAUCAGCUUAAAGUACAUAAAAGAGAAAAAAUGGAAAGAAGGGGUCGUAUGCCAUCAUACUUGAAAGAAGAGUAUAAAAAAAGUUGA